CAACACCGGAUUGAUGUUUGCCGAAAUGGUGUCCAAGCUGACGUCUCUGCAGCAGGAGAUCUUGAGCGCGUUGCUGGAUUCCGGAGUCACUAAAGAUGUUCUCGUGCAAGCACUUGAAGAUUUAGAUCCUUGUACGUCUGAAAUGGGGGUCAAGAUGGAAAAACCCUAUUCCCCAGCCAGCGUCGGCAGUAGUAACGACGCGAAUUCAAAUCCCGUGUUUCUCACACUCACAAGUAGUCACAGUAAAAUUAACAAAUUGUCAGGCGACGAAGUCUCCGAAGACGGGGACGAUUUCGAUACGCCACCAAUAUUGCGGGAACUUCAGUCUCUAAACACCGAGGAAGCAGCGGAACAGAAGGCAGAAGUGGAUCGGAUGUUAUCUGAGGACCCUUGGCGGGCAGCGCGCACCAUUAAGGCCUACAUGCAACAACACAACAUUCCUCAGCGUGAGGUAGUGGACAUUACCGGACUUAACCAGUCCCACCUCUCCCAGCACUUGAACAAAGGGACGCCCAUGAAACCCACCAAGCGUGCCGCGCUCUACACCUGGUACGUCCAGAAACAGCGUGAGAUCCUCAGGCAAUUCAACCACAUUCGAGACUCUGACCUCAAUGACUCAGGCAGUCAGGAUCAGGUCCUGUUUUUUUCCUCAGAGUUCAGACACGCAGGGCAGGCCACGGGGUCCGGAGCCGUCACCGAUACGUCUCUCGGCGACGAGGGGGAACCUGGCUCCAAAAGGAUGAGACGGAACCGCUUCAAGUGGGGUCCAGCAUCGCAGGAGAUCCUUUAUCAGGCCUAUGAGAGACAAAGGAAUCCCAGCAAAGAGGAGCGCGAGGCCCUGGUCCAGGAGUGCAACAGGGCAGAGUGCAUGCAGAGAGGUGUGUCACCCUCCAAAGCUCACGGCCUGGGAUCCAACCUUGUCACGGAAGUGCGCGUUUACAACUGGUUUGCUAACCGGCGCAAAGAGGAGGCUUUCCGUCAGAAACUGGCAAUGGACUCGUACGCUGUGCACAGUUUAAACCCACUGUUAUCACAGGAAGCCUCACACAGCCAUCUCAGUCACAGGUCUACAUCACCAUCCAGCCAGAUUCAAGAAGUUAGGUACAGUCAGCAGAGAGGCAGUGAGAUCACUUCCUCUACGGGCAUCGGUCACCAUAGCAACAGCCAAUCAGCAUUGCAACAGGUGUCUCCAGGGGGGUUGGAUCCAUGUCACAGUCUGCUGUUGCCUGACUCCAAAAUGAUCUCAGUACCAGGUGUCUUGCCCCCAGUGAGUACGCUGACCAACAUUCACAGUCUGUCUCCAUCCGCUUACCACCAUCAGCAUCCCCAUCAGAGUUUAAUCAUGACUCUGGCUGCUCCCAGUUUAACAUCUCCGCAGUCUCACAGUGUGCCAGUCAUUAACAGUGUGUCUGGUCUGACUGCCCUCCAGUCGAGGCAGUUUUCUCCAGACACAAGCCUGACAUCACUGACCGCCCCUCCCAUGCCGCAGCAGCCUUUCCCUGCCACCGUCACGCAUUCAAACCUGUACUCUCUGAAACAGGAGCCCCCCCAGUUCUCCCACCCCUCUCGUUUCUCCUCCAUGGUGUCAGACUCCAGCAACAUCACACAUUUAGGCUCCAUGAGCUCCAGCAAACAGUGCCCCUUACAAGCCUGGUGAAUGUACACACCUGUGCAAGCACUUCCUUGUCGGCGGCCUAGCAACUAGAGAAGCUCACACUUGAUUUCAAAAGUCACCAUGGCAACUGCCUUGAGUCCAAGAACAAAUAGAAACUCUGGAUUUUUUGAAAGACAAAUGAAGGACAAUUGAUUGGAUCCAUGAUUUGGAUGACAAUGGAUUUCCACUGGCAAACUGGAAAAAGUAUCCCCUCCUUUG